AUCACCAUUAUAUGAUAAUAAUCAUUAUCACGAGGAAUGUCUACGGUGCAACUCAUGUGGUUUAAACUUAACUGGUCCCAAUCAGAAACGUGCAAGAAGGUUCAAGAACCAAAUUCUCUGCGACUUACAUUUCGCAGACGUUGCCCUAAUGGAGUGCUCAGAUUUUAUGCAACAGCUAAGAAGCUUUAAACCACAAUCAUUGGGAUGUGCUGUAGCUAGAAGAAAAAGUUCAACAACAUUAAUAUUUCCUUUACCACCGCAGGCAUGUUCAGAUGAAUUUUGUGAAGAAUAUCCGCAUAAUUUAAUACCAACACCUGGUUACUGGAUUGAGUGCUCACGUCAAAAAAUUACAUUACCAAAUACACAUAAUCUUUGGGAUGAAAGUGAUUCAGAACAUGAAGAAUUACGUGCAGCUAGUUCAUCAGAUGCAUAUUUGGAACGUGGUUGUAGUGAUUUAUAUGAAGAUGAUGAAGAUUCUGAAGCAGCACCAAGUCCUAGGAAAAAAACUACAAUUGAAGAACAAUGGGAACAACAGGGAGCAUUUGAGCUAACAUCGGUUGAACAGGAAACCUAUGAAAAAUAUUUUUAUGGUACUGAACAUUGGAAUUAUUUUACAACAGAUGAAGAUCUUGGUCCAGUUAUAUUAUCAAUUAAACAAGAAACAUUAAAUGGACGAGAUCAAUUUAGAAUAUUAGUUAGGGCUAUUUCAUAUACAGUACAUGGACUGAUACCAGCAUCAUGCGUUUUUGCUGAUAGGUAUAACCGAGAAGAAGUAGUUAGAUCUUUAGGUAAAGAAGUAAAUAUUAAUCCGCCAUUAACUUUAGGACAAUUACCAGAUACACCCGAAGAACUAUUAAAAUUAGAUCAAGUUUUUAUAAAAUCGGAAUUAAAAGUUGGUGUUAUCUAUGUUAAAGAAAAUCAAUUUACUGAAGAACAGAUAUUAGACAAUAAUGAAAAUUCAUUGUUAUUCGAUGAAUUCCUACAGCUAUUAGGCGAUAAGGUUAGACUUCGCGGUUUCGAUAAAUACAAAGGUGGCCUUGAUACCGUUCAUGAUUUAACAGGACUCUAUUCGGUAUAUACAAAUUGGCGAAAUAUUGAAAUAAUGUUUCAUGUAUCAACAUUAUUGCCAUAUGAAAAACAUGAUCCACAAAAAUUACAACGUAAACGACAUAUCGGUAAUGAUAUUGUAUGUGUUGUAUUUUUGGAAGCUGACAAUACACCAUUUAGUCCUGCCUGUAUUAAAAGUCAUUUUCUACAUACAUUUAUAUUGGUUCGUGUAUCAGCAAGAAUAAAACGUAAACCAACACGUUAUGAGGUAUCUGUAGUAACAAGAGAUGAAGUUGGUGCAUAUAAGCCUUAUUUAUGGGAACAAUCUGUUUUUGAAAAAGGUCCCAUGUUUCGUGAAUGGUUAUUAACAAAAAUUGUUAAUGGUGAACGUGCAUCAUAUUCAGCACCAAAAUUUGCUAGAAUGCAAGAAAGAACAAGAUCACAAAUGUUAGAAGAUUUAGUUAUGAAUUUAUCAAAUCAUGCUGAAACCGGACAAAUCCCUAAACCAUACCGAAGGGGUUCAUGGAGACCCAUCGGUGAGGAACAAUGCAUGUUACAAAUAACAGUUGCUAGUUGCUGUAUGCGACUUUGUGUACCGCUCAGACACAUGCGGCCUUCAUCACCACUUUUGGACUCAGUACGUGAUCAAUUUGAAGACUAUGACCAAUUAGCAAAAGAUUUUACUAGAGUUUUUUUAAAUCAAGAGCCAUCUUGUUUACAAAAUGCACAAUUAUUUGAUGUAGUAUUUCUAGUUGGUCAAACACAAUCAAAACAGAAAGCUAGAUUUAUUGGUGUACGUGCAAUUCUUGGUGUUAGAAGUCGAGUAUUUCAGGAAAUGCUUUAUGGUAUUCAAACUGGUUUUGGCUCACCACAAGUUCCUGUUGCUGAAAUAUUUGCAAGACCAGCACCAUCAUUAAUGUCACCACAAAAUCAAAAACCAAAAAGUAAUUUUUUAACAGUACCGGAUAUGGAAUCAGCACGUCCAAAAAGUGUUCCAUCAUCACCAAUGGUGAAAAGAGCCUUCUCCCGUUUAGGGACAAUAACUGCCGGUUGGGGACGUUCAAUACGAAGUAAACAAAAUCCAAAUCAAUUAAAUGUUGAAGAUAAAAAGAAAUGGGCAUCAUCACAAGACUAUAAAGAAGGUAAAGAUAAAGAUGGUAAAGAUAAACCAAGUAAUAGUCAAUUGGCAAUGCCGCGGUUAUCAGUAUGCGCUGAUGCGCAAAAAGUUGAUCGUGCUAAAUUGGCACAGACUGAAUUUAAUAUUAUUGAAUUUGAUCCAGAAACCUUUAGAGUACUUUUAGAUUAUUUACAUACAGGAACAUGUCCUUUGACAUGUGUUUCAAUUCCAGGGCUUUUAUGUGCUGCAGAGCAUUAUGAUCUUCCAGAACUUCUGCAGGCGUGUUUUCAUCAUUGUAAACAAUUUCUUAGAAUUGAUGUUGUUUGUCCAAUGUUAAUAUCAUUAGAAAAUUAUUAUUGGCGUUAUACAUCAGCAUCAGAAUUAGUUAAUAUGAUAUUAACAUUUGUUGAAAAUAAAGCAACUGCCUUAUUUAAAUUACCAGAUUUUUUAAAUUUAAGUGAAUCAAUGGUACAAAUGAUAAUGUGCCGUGAUUUACAAAUGCCGGAAAUUCGUAAAUUUGAAGCUAUGUUGGCAUGGGCUAAAUAUAAAGUUGAAAAAAUGAAAACAUCACCAAAUACCGAUACACAAUUAGAAUUUCGUUGUAUUAUGGAACGUUUAACACGUGAUUUAGAUUUAUGUCGUAUAUCACCAAAUGAAUUAAUAUCAGUUGUAUUACCAUCAAAAUCAUUACGUAAUGAACGUAUUAUGGAAACAUUAAUGGUACAAGCACAUUUAGGAAUGUAUAGAAUGCAAGAAUUAGAUGAAUAUAAAAAUAAAUUAAGAUCACAAGAUUCAAAAUGUAGUGAAGGUAGUGUUACAGUACAUCGGAGUAGUGAUGAUUAAAAAAAAAUAAGUAAUUUAUACACAAAAUAAUAAAAAUUAAAAAAAAAUUUUAUUUAUAAUUAAUUAACAUAAUUUUUUUUUUUAUUUCAAUAAAUUAUUUUAAUUUUUAUUAUUUUUUAUUCAUCAUUAAAAUUUUAUUAAAUAUUUUAUAAAAUAUUCUAAUUUAUCAUUAGUUUAAGGAAAAAAAUAAAUUACUAAAAUUUUUUCAUAUUUUGGAAAUCAACUUUUAACAAGUACGAACUUCAGAAGAAAUUGCCAACUUUUAAUAAUCGUAUAAAAUGAUUCCAUAAUUGACAAAAAUUAAUUUAAUAAUUAUUGCAACUGCAAAAAUAUAUGUAGUUCGAAGUGAUUUUAGACGUCAAAUAUUAUCCAUACAUUAUUUUAGAGGAUUAAUUCGACGGUAUUCUAUAUCCCUAUCAAACAAAAUCUCCGAAUACCUGCAGAUCAAACCUUCAAAAAAAUGAAAUCAAAUAAACUCUGAGAACAAUGUUUGAUAUGUAAAUCUUGCUUUGGUAAAUUACUUCUUUUUGAUAUCAGUUCUUAGUUCAGUUUAAGUUUGAGUAAGUGCACACAUAUUUCAGAUAUUUUUAUUAACUUAGAAAAGAUAUGGUUCACGAAGUAGUGAAAAAAAUUUUACAUACAGUAUAAGUUUAAUAUUAACGACACAUCUACAUAAAUUCAAGUCUAUGGUUGACUUUUAAUUUAUACAGUAACACUGCUGAAUAAGUUAAAUUUUUUAAUGGGUUUGGCCUUAAUUUAGAACUGAUCUAUUAAAAACAAAGUUAAUAAUACACAAAACGAAAAAAUUUUUCUCACUGUGUUCUCAAAAAAAGUGAUGAGACAAUCAUCCGAAUUCUAUAACGUAUUUAGAAUUCAUAUUUUUACUCAACGUAUAUCAAUACUCUCUACAUCUGAUAUUUCAAUUCAGUUUAAUCGGAAUGAAUAUUGAUUUAAUAAUCAGAUAUUUGUUAUAAAAUUUUACUAUCACAUAUUAAUUUGGCAAUUUUAAACUGAAUUACGUACAGUAUACUACGAAUUUUAUAACAACUUAGAUGUUAGGGUAGUACUAAUUUAA